AACUUCUUCCCUAUCUUGGAUUUGAAACAAACAAUCAAUGUCAUGAGCUGCGCUAAGCUCAAAUAUACCUUUCAUUGGCAUAUGGUAGAUGCACAGAGUUUGCCACUGAAGGUUCCAUCUCUUCCUCUGCUCAAUCAAAAAGGUGCAUACUCUUGCUCCAAAUGUUAUUCCAGGGAUGAUAUCCAAGAGUUCAUUGCCCACACCAACUCAAAAGGAGUUGAUGUCAUGAUUGAGAUCAAUGGCCCUGGACACACUUCCAUUGUAAUUUGCAUAUAUGUUGACUGUGCUUGGAAAAACUCCAAAUGUUGGUGGGAAUCCACUGCAGAACAGCCUUCUGGUCAAUUAUGCAUAAUGGAUGAAAGAGCAGUUCAACUUGCAAAAGAGAUUUAUACAAAGAUUGCACAAGAAGUAUCUGGUACUUUUUUCUCCACUGGUGGAGAUGAGGUGGUCAGUAUUGCCAAAAUCUGGCUUGAUCUCCCAAAGUUUGCAAUGGGUAUGAACUUAACCCAGGUGUGGUUCAAUUUUGUGAACCAGACUUGCAAUGCUCUUUUUGCUAUUGGAAAGACUCCUGUCAUCUGGGAAGAGUUAGUACUUGAUGAUAACUUGACUUUGGGAUUGGACACAAUAGUUACAGUUUGGCCAAGUUCAGCCAAUGCACAAGAUGUUGGAGACAAAGGCUAUCAUAUCAUCCAUGCCGCGAGUAAUUUUGCUUAUCUAAAUUGGUAUAUUGUUCUGCUCAGCCUCAAACGCUCAAAAAUCUAUCUCCAGUUUUGGCUUACCUUUCAAAUAUUUGAACUGCUUUACUCUUAUGAUCUAUAUACCAAUAUUACAGAUAAUCAACACAGACAGAUCAUGGGAGUUGAUCAAGAUCUUCUAUGGAGUGAACAGACUGAUCCACAAAAUUUGGAUACCUUGCUUUGGUGA